GCAUGAGCGAGCGCUUUGACUGUCUGACCCACGUGUACAGAUGUUUCCUCUCGGGGGCGCGCCCCAGCCUCAGUGCUGCAGAUGUGGCCGGUGUGGUGUGUGGAGGGGGGGACAGAGCGCGUGGCCCUGCGGAGGAGCGUGGUCAUGGCAACAGCGUGGACGUGACCUGCAUCAGUGUGUCUCUGGUGGAGAUGUUGACCUGCCUGGCGUCCCCGAGGGAGCCUGAACCUGCAGCAGAGCUCACCCAGUACUGUGAUGACACCCUGGCACUGUUGCUCCAGGACAUGGAUCUCAUGACACAACUGGUCCAUAAUUUCCAGAGUGAGGACCAGAUUGUCUCUCAUCUGGCUGCAAAGUGUGCAUCAACAUGUGUCGUCUACCAAUUCCUAAAAUCUGGUACAGUCAGUCCGGUCUGGCAGCAGAAGUGUGUACAGGCAUUUCUCAGCUCACCGCCCGCUGCUGAGCUGGACGCUUGUCUGUGGUCACUGACUGACGUCUUAAAAAGACUCCUCAAAGCAGCUCAUCAAGAAAUCCUCGGGAAACUUGUGGCACUUUUUGACUCCUGCCUCAGUGCUUUAUGUUCAAAGUUUCUACAUGAAGACCAACAGCUUUUGAUGGAUUCCACCAGCAGCAGACCCUGGGGAACAACGUUCUGCGUCCUGCUGGACCUGCUGGAGGCACUGACUGCAUCCAGUUACAUCUCCGGAGCUCAGGGUAUUCUGGAGAAUCAGAGAUUAGCCCACAUUCACUCCUCAGCGCUCCUGACUGCAAUCAGCUGCUCCUCAGAGUAUUUUGUGAAAAAGCGAGCGUUACUGCUUCUGAAGAGAGUAAUUCUUCAGAAGGCUGGGGAGGACUGGGUUUCAGAAGAUGUGCUGUUCGCCAGACAGAGACAUGAUCGUUUCAGCUCGGAUAUGAACAUGCUAGCUCAGACUGUGUUAGCAGCGGUGGCUGCUGAUUGGUUGCAGAGUGUCCAAGUGGGGUCUGUCUCUUUCUUUGGGGGGACCAGACACAACCGAGGGGAUGAUGGACAGAAACCAGACUGUGUGAUGUUGAGAGGUGUCAGCCUGCUUCUUCUCAAGUCCAUGGAGCUUCAGACAAAAACAGCUGGAAGAAUAGCAGAGCAGGACAGUUCCACAGAGGUUUACGGGUAUCUACAGAGUCUGUUGGGCUUUCUGAGGCGGUGCAGUGUCCAGCUGACAGAAGUCACUCACCUCUGCUGCUGGGUCAGUCUGCUGUUCGGCGAGCAGGACGAUGACAUGAUGGAGGCAGCUAAAGCCUUGCUCUCCAUAUUCCUCCAUCACAGACUCUGUUCUGGGUUGGAGGAUUUGGCUGAGCUGGAGGCAGCCUGCUCCUCUGGCUGCAACCCUCACUGCCACUUCCUGCUUCUGCUCCGGAGUGUCUCCUUCGAUCACAGCACCCUCCUCGACUUCCUCAUCUCCUCUGAGACCUGCUUUCUGGAGUACUUUGUGCGGUACCUCAAAUACCUCAAGGCGGACUGGCAGGGUUUCACUGCAGCAUGUGAAAGAGACACAGAGUCGCACUGUCAUGUUUUACUGCCGGAAUCACUUAAUCGCUUAUGUGGUGGUAAUAAACCUGCACUGACCUUUAAAGUUCAGCCAGAAUAUGAUGAAUCUAGUGCCUGUGUUCUGCCAACAUGUGUUAUUCCACCAAUGGAGGGGGUCAGUUUGGGCAGUGGGCUGCGCCUUGUGGAGUAUGACAGCUCUGAUGAGUCUGAUCCUGAGAGCAUGGAGAUUUCUGAGGAUGCACCAGGGGCGUCUGUUAAACAGGGAAGGGGUGGACCUCCACUAUCAACCAGAAUGAAAAAAUUUGAGUCAUGUGACUCACCAGGAUAUCUGAGUGUACCUAAAUCGACACAGGAAAGAAGACCAGAGGGGCUUUCACCGCCAAGUUUACCGAGCAGGCAGAGAUCGUGUACUCUGUCAGGACAGGGCACCUGUGAAACAUUAGCCAGAGUAGUUGCCUGUCUGUCAGAGCUCAGAGAGGUAGUGACCAGGCUGCAGACAAAGAAACUCUUCCCAUACAACCCUUCCUCCCUCUUAAAAAUCUUAGCAGGAGUUGAGAUUUGUUCCCAGCAGUCACCUCCAUCACAGUUUAAUAAAUGAUAAAAGCAAAUAUGUGUUAUGUUUUUUAAUGUGAGGUGGCGUGGAAGCUUAUC